GCUCUCUUCGCGAGCGUAUCUUACUUGCCCGCUGCAGCCUCUCGGUUGUGUUGUGUAACCCAAUCCACCGCCUCGCCCUCGCUUUCCGCCGCCGCUUGGCCGUAAUAGCGACGCCGCUCCAGAAGCCACGAAAAGCGCCACCAUCCAUUGGCUCACUCGCGAGUUGUUGCGCUUGCCCGGAGAGGUGGGGGGGCAAGAUCCGCUCGAAGAAGUGCAGGAGUGAUUAAAAUUCUCUUGAAUUGUCUGGCUGAAGAUGUGGGUUUGUGGCUUCACCACCUUGCCCCAUCUUGGUGGAUUCCUUGGCUGGUUCUUUACCCGGAAAGAAGUGCCCACAUGGUUUGAAAGUCUGAAGAAACCGUCGUGGCGUCCACCAAAUAAAAUGUUCCCAGUUGCUUGGACUACAUUAUAUACAAGUAUGGGCUACGCUUCAUAUCUGGUGUGGAAAGACCUUGGUGGCUUCAACAGCAGAGCAGUUGUGCCACUGGGCCUCUACGGAGCUCAGCUUGCCCUGAACUGGGCAUGGACUCCUAUAUUCUUCGGAGCUCAUAAACUAAAGCUGGCCUUGAUCGACAUUGUGGGUUUGUACGGGCUAGUGCUGGGCACUAUGUAUUUCUGGUACCCUAUUAACAAGACCGCAACACUACUGAUGGUGCCUUAUCUUGCCUGGCUGACCUUGGCAUCUUCUCUCACCUACUGCAUCUGGAGAGACAAUCCAGAAAAGGGAAAGAAGAAAGAAUAAGAAAGGAACUAGUAAAAUUGAAGUCAUUUAGUGAAACCCUAAGAUCCAGUACUAUGGAAGGAUGUUAAUUUGAUAGACACAAGACUAUUUACCACUUGAGCAUGGAGAGAUGGGGGAUCUUUUACAAAAUCCAAUGGUGCAUAUUUGUAAGGCUGCCAUACAGACUGAGCUUGAAAACAUCAACUCCUUCCUCACUCAGACUGCAAUCCUAUACAUGCCUACUCAGAAGGAAGUCUCACUAAGUUCAAUGUGGCUUGCUCCAAGGUAAGUGGGCACAGGAUUGCAGCCUCAGUAUCUUAAUGUGUUGAUGUUGUCAGCUUACAAUUGUAUGGUUAUGUCCUCAGUAAAACUUCAAACUAGCUUUGCUUGGUUCUGUCCAUUUAUAUUUUGACGGCUACUUCAGAAAAAUCUUGGGAAUUAUUCUGGAAGUGCACAGGGCUCAACAAGAGCAGAAUCAACUUUUAUGUGAUCUUUAAAAAUUGUGCUAAACAGAGAUUGUAUUAAUUACAAAUGAGGUCUGCUUCCUCCACACAUUCUUGCUUUGAAGUGUAUAUACUACUUUUCCCUCUCCCGUUUCUCCCUUCUCCCUGUUCUCUUUUCCCACUAUCAACAUUUUAGAUUGAAAGUUCCUUGGAGCAAGGAUCUUUUUUUGUGCAUAUUUCACUUUGUAAUGACCAUGUACAAUGAUAUUAUAUAAAUAAGCAUUACAUUAUAGGUGUAAAGCAUGAAUGCGACCAAACACGUGGCUUGCCAACCCAUUUUUAAAACAAGCACUGGUACAUUUUGAGGGAACAGGGAAUGGCCACAGCUCUCUGUUGAGUGGAUACUCUUUGAUAAAGCUGGGUUUGCCACCACCCUGGAAUGUAUGAAAAGCAAUGUUUGGAAUGGAACAGGAAGUAUUUUCAUCUGAUAGGCUUUUUGUUCUUUGUUUUUACAAGGUCAGAAAAAAGGAGACACGAGUUCUCAGGAUGCAGAUAUUUUAUUUAUUAUCAAAGGGCUUUGUGAAAUAAAAUAUCUGCAUCCUGAGAAUUUGUUUCUCCUUUUUUCUGACCUGGUUUGGAUGCUCUCCUUUUGUUUUUGGUCUUUCUUUUUACGAGCCAGUUACUACUUGGGUCAAUAGUUUUACAUGGAUUCACAAUGCAGAGAUGCUGCACAGGCAAAGGUGGGCUUAGAGAUUCAUCAGACAGGGGAAAAUGGUUCCCUACCGUCACUUCUCCACCCCCACUUCUAUCGCACAAUACUUCCUCUUUCCUAACUGAGAAGAAAGAGGAAGUAAAGAACGACUACGUGGCCCAUUCAGUGGGCGUUUUUAUCGCACCACUUCUCCUGCACACAGCAGAUUGCAGCAAGUUCCGUUUUUAAAAAUAAAUUGGACUUACCGGGGACUUCUUUGUCACGGGAAGAAGGCCAGAAAGAGCAAGAGAUGGACGGAAUCAUGAAUAGGAUCCGCAAAAAUCUGUGAGUGCCCAGUAACGAGCAUACUAUAAAAUGCUCGUCUGUUGAUCUGCUAAAGGAAUCCAGUUCAGUGCGGAAGACAGAAAUGAGUAACUGCUAUAUUUUAUAUUCCCCCCUCUCCCCAAAAAAGAGGGAAAAUUGGGAACAGCCAUCUUUGCUUCUUUGUCCCUUUAAGCCUUGGUCCAGCAGUGGCUGAGCUAAUUGGGGUGGUCAACUUGUGGCUCUUCAGGCAUUUUGGCCUACAGCUCCCAUCAUCCUUCACCAUUGGCUAUGCUAAUUAGGACUAACGGGAUUGCAGACCAAAACAUCUGGAGGGCCAAAAGUUGCCCACAUCUGGUGCAGAGGGUUGCAGCCUAAAUCAGCACAGUUCUUCCUGCACUCCAUCUUGACUGUUACAAACUGCAGACUUGGGGGGGUUUAACACCAUGCCCUAAUUCAUUUCCCCUUCCCUUUAUUUUGGUUUUUGAAGAACUUGAAAGCUUACUCAUGACUUUGUGAAUUCUGCCUUGUCAUAAUAAAGGUAUUACUUGACUGUG